AUGGCAUCAGGCGAGAAUUUGGCGCCGCGGGACGCAAAGGUCAUUUCUGUGAUUCUUAGAUCCUUGGGAAUAGAGGAGUGCGAGCCGAAGGUGAUCAUACAGCUAUUGGAGUUUGCGUACAGAUACACCACAGACGUUCUAGAGGAUGCAUUGUUGUUUGCAAAACAUACAGGCAGAACACAUAUUACCACAAGUGACGUCAAACUUGCUCUGCAAACGAAGGUAGGAAGGCACUUUGUUCCUCCUCCUCCAAGGCAGUACCUGUCGGAGAUAUCUACAAUGGUGAACUCAAAGCCGUUAACAAUCCCAGACGGAGAAAACCUUAUCAGAGUUCCUCCCUCAUCCUCGGCACUAUUAAAUCUCGACUACGAAGUCCUCAGAAAAGACAGCGACAAGAAAAGGAGGAUUUACUAG